GUCAACCAGUGUGUUUUUCCCCAACCCCGUGCGACUGCUUGUCUUUUACUAGUCCUCCCGGUUUUAGCCUUUGCCUGUUUUUCUGGACUCCAUUCCCGCCUGCCUGCCCUGACCGCCAUUGUGUACCUCUGGAACUCUGAACUGGUUUUGAUCUUUUGCCUGUCCACAACCGCUCUCUUGCCUACCCCUUUUGGAUUGGUAAUAAUCAUCUUGGACUCUAACCAUCUGCCUCCUGUGUCUACAUCUGGGUCUCGCCUUGUGCCCUAAUGUCUUGAACGACAAAAUGAAUCGCAUGCAGUAUGGUUUAAACAUAAGGAGUCAGUGAGAAACAGUAAUGGUUGAAUUACUACACACCUUUGCAUGCUCCAAACACCUCUGUAAGUAACUGGAGAUGAAGUGUCAUUUGUCAACUGGAUGUGCACAAAGCCUGUGGAUCCCUGAGAAAUUUCUACACGUCGGUCCUUACUGAAUGCUGAAGCCAUCAUACUAAGCAUCGUGGAGUGCUGGUGUUCCGGUUGGUGGUGACGUCUGGUCCAGGGGCCGCCACUGAUGGAACUGGGGGUACCUACGCCAGCUCGUCGGGCUGUCACGCCCUAGCUGUCUCGAGAGAUUCUUGCCCCGGUUGGCUCGGAAGGCGCCCCAUCCCACGGCAGGCUUCAACCAAAUCAUCAGGAUUUUACGCCCAGCCGGCUCGUCAGGCUUCCACGCCACAGCGGAAUCAUCGGACUUCCACGCCUCAGCGGGUUCAUCGGGAGUUUACGCAUGCCUGGCUUGUCCAGCACCCCUGCCUCAGCCGAGGUGGGACGCCGGGUGCGCCCCUAGAGGGGGGUAGUGUCACGCCUGCUCCCGUUCCCUCUCCCUGGCGAUCGAAGGCGCCAGGCUCCCCAGCUUUACGCACUUGAAAAUAAAGGAGAGCCGCAUUCUAGGAGCUCAGAUGCAAAGAUGUAAUAUUCAUCAUUACGUACACCUGCCUUUCCCUGUCACACGCAUCAGCGUAUUAUCAGACUCACCUGGACUCAAUCACCUGUUUAUUACCUCCCCGUCUCUGUUCCCUGCUGCUGCAUGAAUUGUCUUUUGUCGUUGUUUACCGGUGCUGACACUGUUCCUGUUUUGGUACUUGUCUGUUCCUGAAUAAAUGUUGACUCCCUGUAUCUGCUUCCCAUCUCCAGCGUCAGUCCUUGCAGGAGGUCUAGCUGUGUGGGUUAAUAUAGUCUAAAUGUUUGUCCUGGGGUAAAUUGAGCCAAUGGCCAUGGGGCAAAUUGAGGUGUUUUCUUCCCAGGCGUAAUGCAUGACUGGCCUAUGACUCCACCUUUGCCUCUCCCGAGCCAGUUGGGGAGUGGCAGAGAUGAGACACGAUCAAAGAUUGGGGAGAAAAAGGGGGUAAAGUACAAAAGGUGUAUGUAUAUAAAUAGUUUUAAAUAAGUGUUUGUUAGGUGUUAAACCUUUGUUAAAGAUCAUUAAAAUGACUAAUGGGGGAAAAAAACGAUUGUUUGGGAAAGAAAUAUAGACCUUGUUUUAAAUGUAGUGGUAAUAUUUCAUUCAGUACAGAAAUGUGUAGGCGGUGUAAUUUACCCUGUCUUGUUGCUCAAUUUACCCAAUAGCUUGUCCGGGUAUUUUUUUUUAUUUUUAAAACGAACGUUUACUUGCAUUCUGAUUAUUUCGAGACAUAUACAACAUCCUGAAAUAUAUAUAGAUAUCGUUGUUAGAAAGAAUACUAUAUUUCCCUUCACAGAGUCGGGCUGUAAAAGAUGGAGACUUUUUAUUUCCCUCACCAACUUUAAACAUCAACUAUCUGAGCAGCUAACCGAUCGCUGCAGCUGUACAUAGUCCAUCUGUAAAUAGCCCACCCAAUCUACCUACCCCAUCCCCGUACUGUUUUUAUUUUAUUUACUUUUCUGCUCUUUUGCACACCAGUAUCUCUACUUGCACAUCAUCAACUGCUCAUUUAUCACUCCAGUGUUAAUCUGCUAAAUUGUAAUUAUUUUCUCCUCCUCAUGCCUUUUGCACACACUGUAUAUAGACUUUCUUUUUUCUACUGUGUCAUUGACUUGUUUAUUGUGUUAUUGACUUGUUUAUUGUUAACUCCAUGUGUAACUCUGUUGUUGUCUGUGCUUUGCUUUAUCUUGGCCAGGUCGCAGUUGCAAAUGAGAACUUGUUCUCAACUAGUCUACCUGGUGAAAUAAAGGUGAAAUAAAUAAAUAAAAAUAAAGAGUGACGCUGAAUGUAAAUUCUCUCAAUUUACGCACUCUCCCAUAUGUGAUGAUGCCUAACUCAUUACAAGAGCACAGUUAAAGCCCAGUUACCAGUACCUGAACAUGUGAGAAGAGUGUAGAGGCCAUUGAAUGUAGGCCAAACCACUUACUCAGUCCACUUGGAAAAACGUGCAUUUGUUUAAAAAAACAACUACGUUGUAUUUAUAUAAAGUGCAGCCUCCCUCUCUUAGCUAACUCGAACAGCUAAGUGUUCGAUAACAGCUAAGUGUUCUAGCUAGCCAAGAAGUGGGAAAUCGCGGGCAGUAGCGCGUGCCCAUUGGAUCUGGCUGGCGAAAGGAGACCCCUGCUUUAUUCUAGGCCGGUUGGAAGAGGCUGACGAGCUCACUACAAUAGGUAUUUAGCUAGUUACUUGGAACAGCAACCACAGACUCUGAGUGAAGACACUGGGAUAAGAUGAAAAGAUAUGAAAACCAGCAGGCCAGACCUACUGCAGGCUGCCUCUCUGUGCCUCUGUUUAACCAGAAGAAAAGGAGUAGGCUGCCUUUGACAUCCAAUCCCUCAGAGAAGAAAUUCUGUUCCGGCAAUGAAUACAUGCCUACACACAGCUCUGCUUCAUCCAUCAUCAACACAUCAGGUAACACAGGCUAUUACCAAGAUCAAGCCCCAAGGUGUCCUGCACCUGCUGUUCAGCACAAUCAGUGCAGCAGACAAGGCAACCAGCAGUCUCAACCAAAGUCUCAGUGUCCUAACAGUCAACCUGUUCCGGUACCUGUGGGGAGAAGCUUUGCACCUUCACACCCAUACCACACUGGGAAUACAGGUCUGCAGAUGGGACAGCCACCAGUGAGGCAGGACACAAGAGCCCCUACAAACCCCAGACAGAGCAACUACAAUACCCCUUGCAGCAGUGGGAACACACAGAGCAAGCCAGUAUCCCCAAGCAGCUACUCUCAGAUGGGUCAGCAGCAGUCAGGUUACAGACAGAGACAGGACAACCCGACAACGCCUCCUCUUUACUCCCAGCAGUCUAAACCCACUCCCCCUCCAAGCAGACCAAGUCGUGGUCCUGGAACACAGGAGCAGAACACAUCCUGGAAGUUUAUAACCACCACCAAUACUGAGCCACAGAAACAACUGAUGGAAGAUAGUAGAGACACAUAUCAAACUCAAAAUACCUCUCAGUCUCAGGUACAACAUGUCAAACCAGCAACUGAGAACUCUCUGAGGAUCCUGACUACUGUCAUUGAUGGCAUUAGACACUGGAGCCAUUUCAAGGGCAGAGCCCCGUACCUAUUUGAGAUUUUCGCCACUCUUGACUCUGCAGUCACCGCCGGGUCUCAUGGAGCUAAGAACUUCCUCAUGAGAGAUGGGAAAGAGGUGGUGCAGUGUGUCUUCUAUGAAAAUGAACUGGAGUUGCCCAGGCUGAUCCGAGGCCAGGUGCACCGCUGUGUGGGGAACUACGACCACAACAGGGACACCCUCACCUGUGUGUCUGUCAGGGCCGCUCUGCCCUCAGAGCAGAGGAACGCACAUGCGUCUAUCAAAGCCUCGGAUGCUGAGAUGAGGGACCUGGUGAAAUCACUCAGUGAAGUCUGAUCAGCAGCACAGAAAGACAUAAGGGAGCUUCCAGCAACUAUUCAAAGGCAAAACAAUUGUCUUUGCCAAUGAGUUCUUGAGUAUCACUACAUGGAAAGUCCUCUCCACUAUUAGAAACUGUAUGUAGAUCCUUGACAUGUCUGAAGAUUCUCCAGGGAUGAGUAGUACGUGAUACCCCUAUUUUAUUGUUGAAAGUAUAUCCUGAACUGGGCAGUUCAAGUGUAUACAGUUUCACCUGCUUGCCUGUAAAGGGCGCCAUCUGUUUGUGACAAGCAACAUAUUAAGAUUGUGUGUUUAUGAAUUUCCCAAUGUUAAAUAUGUACGUGCAUCUGUAUAUCAUCAGAUUACAUGUAAGAUAUUUCAUAUUUUUCUUGUGUAUAUAAUACUUAACACAAAUGUAAUAUGUGCAAUUCUGUUUUUGGACACAAAAUAAAAAAACCCUUCUCUUCCUCA